AUGUCAGAUAGCGAAUCAGACGACUUCUCAGACGUUGGUACGGUGAUCGACUUCGGCUUGGGUGCGGUCAGUGAGGCCCAAUGCCAGUUUCGAUUCAACUCAGACGGCAUCUAUACCCCGCGCGAGACUGCAGUGUUGGUCCGCUGUUCCUUAGCCGACAUUAUUCACGGCCAAGCUAGUCUAGAUGAUGCCACCCCAUGUGUCCUAGUUGUUUUCGAUUUUCAGCUGGACCGGAUCAAAGCGACGCGAAGGAUACGCCAAGCCAUCAUAAGCCUCACUCUACCCGAGGGCAUUCGCGUGCGCAAAGGAGGCCUCUCGCCGAAGGGAAGAGUUUCAUUCCACCCACAAGCAAUGACUCUCUCGCGCAGUAAUGAGAGUAGUCUGUCCGCAGGCUUGUGUUAUGGUGCCUCCAUCGAAUGCGGUGUCAAACGCAGCGAGACGGUCAGCUUGGACACGACGGAGUACGCCACUGUUAAUGGAUGGACAACACGACAACCGAAGGGCAGAGUAAAUGACCAACGGCCGCAUAAUUGCGUCAAAUGGGCGCUAAUGGAGAACCCCGCCCUGCCCAAACACGGUGUCCCGCCUCAUUUUCGUGCCGCUGUCUUACUUGAGCGGUGUAAUGGAAAUACGAUGGACAGACCCUUCGUCCUCGAAAUGGAAAUCAAGUCUUCCGUUGAUCUGAAAACAUCGAUCGAGAAUUUGACGGAGAUGUUUGGCAAGGUGCCUCGAGGUUGUUUGAGAGUUGAUCCCUUCAAACAAUCCACCGAAAACCUGCGCAAGUAUGAUUCGAAACAGCUUGCGGAUGUAGUGGGUGACCUUUGGGGAUUGUCUUCUGGCGCCUUAGAGACUGAGUCAUUUUCAAGAGACUUUGUACGGUAG